AUGCCUGCACUUUGGCCCUUGAUUCUAGUGAUGUCGAUUGGCAUUACGCUUUUCAUCGCAUGGAUGAUACUCACCUCAUGUCUAGGUGAAGGAGCUCGUCGUCAUAUUUCAGGAAUGUCAUAUAAUCCCCGAGAAGCCAUAUAUGACAGUAACUACAUGGGAGCCAUCACAUCCAAUGGACACGGUACUUGGAACCAAUUCGAGAUGCAAGAUAUGUUAGGAGAUCAUAUUGAACAUUCCGAUUCCGAGUAA